AACCGACACGUCACCAGCGGAGGACGUCAGUAUCCUGCGACGCUGUGGAUUUUCCCUGAGACGGAGAGGAAAGCCUUACAUUUUACCUUAAGCGUGUAUCAGUUAUUAUUUACUAUAGCGUGUAUUUUACCUUAUAGUAUUAACAACCUUAGAGCGUCUGAGCUGGUAUCAAGUUGCUCUUCGCCUUGAUUGAGUUGCAGUAAAAUGCCCCUACAACUUAUUGAAGGGAUGUCCACCCGGAAGCGAAGACCUAACUGGACAGACCAGGAGUGUCUUCUCCUUGCUCAGUUAAUGCAGGAGAGGAAAGGCAUAAUCCGAGGGAAGUGCAGCACCGGAGUUUCAAUACAGGAUAAAAGACAAGCCUGGGAGGAAAUAGCCCAAGCCAUCAAUGCUGCCUUUCCACAGAUUCAGCGUACAGUUUCUGACUGUAACAAAAAGUGGGAGAAUUUGCUGGCAAAGUCAAGGGAGGAGAUCAAACGACAAAAAAGGCAAGCGGGAACAGAAGGCAUGUCCCUUGAUCAGUUCAGUACUGUGACUCAAGUAGUGAUUUCUGUGAUGAACCUCUCAGACAUGCUGCAACAGGAUGGAGAAAACUCUUCAAUCUCAGAGUUGGUGGAAACUCAACAAAACAGCUGUGAUGAAGAUGGAGAUGACCACACAAUAGAUGAAAGAUUCUCAAACAAACAUCCACUGACUGAGCUUGAUCUCCCUACGUAUCCAGAUCCUUCUACUUUUUCAGCAGAACAGAAAGUGACUUUCACCAACGUCCCGAAAUCACUCGCAGUGCAGUUUAGUGCUCAUCGUGCUGCUGGCUUUUCUGCGUCUGCAGAACGACUAGAUACUCCCUGCUCUACUUCUCCGCCCUCAGUACACUGCCCAACUUUGCAAGAGCGAAUGGAUUUGGAAAUAUCUGUGCUGAGAAGACAAGAGGCCGUCCUCAAGCUGCAAGAGGAAUAUUACACACUCAAAAUUAAGCUAAUGAAAAAGCAAAUGGAAGAGCCCGUUUCAAAGGACUGAAGUAGCUGUAGAGAACGACUUGUUGAGCCUGUGAACUGUGACCAUUCAAGUCAACAGAGCUGUUUUGAAAUAUUGAUCAGGUUUGUGAGGUCACACGUGACAAUACCGCGGCCCAGCUCUAAUAGCAAUGUCACCUCUCAUUGUGAAGCAGGAUUCACCAAGCGUUGGAUUGUUCAUCCACUAAAGGCCUGAAAAUGCUUGAUAAUAGUUAUGUUUAUUCUACUUUCUGAAGUCUGAUGGCGAUAGUUUUGUGACACGGACCCCAGUGGACCGUAGCAUACUAAAGUAUAAUACCUGCUUAACAGGGAUCAUGAGUUAGGUUUAGGCUGCCUUGAGACUGACUACUUUUACCACAAGUCUGCUUUUCUUAUAAUUUCAGUAAAAAAAAUAUUUAUAUUAUGUUUAUCUGGUCUUUUGGUGUUUUCUUCCCAAACUGGAAUGGUCGAUUGACUUUUUUCACAGUACACAUUUUGACUUAUAACAGGAACAGCAGAGCUUAUCAGUAUCAUGAGCAUGGAACUGGGAAACCUAAAUGGAAUGCAGCCAUAAUUAGUAUUAUGGGUUAUACCUGUGCUUUUUCUGCUAUGACCUGAAAAUAUCUGAGUUUUUCCCCGUGUACUGCUGGUCUGGGGAGACUGUGGAGAGCCAUGUAUUUAUACAUAUGAAGCAACCGAUUACUUCUUCACAAUUCACCAGGAGUGUGUAAUGCAUGCAGUAGUUGGCUCCCCUAGGUCUCACUUCCAUUCAUGCAGGUGCUGUAACCAACCAGUAGCAGUCAUUGGUGUGAUAAAAAUGAUCUCCCACUUGCUUCCCACGUGCAAACAAGAGUGAGCUCAAGGUCAGAUUACUUGGAACUGAACUUGGCUUCACAAGUCUGUGUAGUUUGAACAUGCAGGAAGACCAAUUGCAGAUUUGAAUAUAGCCUUUAGCCUGUUUUUUUUAUUCUCAGCGUGCAUAUAUCUGUGUCCAUGGUUAUGGCCCCAAGAGCCAUUUUGUCUGCACCAGACAACCAUAAUGCUAAGACCACACUACAUUUUAAAACAUUACUAUUAUGUAUUAUGGCAUCAGAACAAACCAAAACCCCAAAACCUGAUGAAAUUAGUGCGCUUUAUUUAUGACAUUUUUUCUGGUGUUCUACUUGAUUAUACUCAUUACAGAAGUCUUUUUGAAUUCUUUGUAUUGUACUGUAAUUGUUACAUUAGUGAGCUACUCAGAGUUUGCUCUUUCACACUUGGUCCCAUUGUAAUGAGGGAUUAAGUUUCCUUUUAAACUUUUAAAGUUUUUUAAAAAAGCAAUCCCGCAAGGUUUGUUUGUGUUUUCUGUUUAUUUGCAUCAAUGCAUAUUUUGUAGAAUAAGAUCUAUCAUGACAUCAAGUUCUGCUUUUGUUGUGUAUGAUGAAAAUGAAGGAAUUCAUGAUGUUUGGUACCUUGCAUUGCCUCAUUACCACUUGAAGUCUCAGACUGAAAGACAGAUCAGUCAGUGCAAUAUAGUAAAAUUAUUGUCGUGGAUUGAAACUGUUAUAGUUAUUGAUACACAAUAAUGAGAAUAUUGCUUAUACUUAUUAGUAGGCUACAAAGAGAAAACUUUACUCACUAACAAAACCUCACAUAACGUUGAAAUAUUUUCCCAGGUGAAUGUAAUGUGCCAUAUAACUGUGGAAUUACAACUAUUACAUUCUCAAAUUCUUGAAAAUGUAUUCUCAGUAGGAAGUAUAAUUUAGUUUAUCUGGCAGUGAAGUCUCACUCAUAUGUAUAGUUUUACACUGUGAGAAAUUUAGUUUAUUUGCUGAUUCAUGCCAUUUACUCCUAAGUGCAAAUUUGGAAGCUGUAAAUGUUUGACAUAUACCAAUAUACAUAUUUAUGAAAAUUCUGCUUGGUCAUGCCAAUGUAAGUAAAGCAACAAUAAUGUCCUGUCUAGACAAAUGUAGUAAUUUGUGCGUAAUAUUUCUCAUAAAUCCGUUCAUUUGUAUGUGACUGAGGUUGGCACCCAGAUGUAAGCAGUGGGGCCCAGAGUGUUGAAUAAAAGUCUGUUAUUUGCUGUGUG